GAGGCAAAGCGGAAGGAGCUGGAGGAGAAAAUGGUUUCUUUGCUGCAAGAGAAAAAUGACCUGCAGCUCCAAGUGCAGGCUGAAGCAGAUAGCCUGGCUGAUGCUGAGGAAAGGUGUGACCAGCUCAUCAAAACCAAAAUCCAGCUGGAAGCCAAAGUUAAAGAAGUGACUGAAAGGGCUGAGGAUGAGGAGGAAAUCAAUGCUGAGCUGACAGCCAAGAAAAGAAAGCUGGAGGAUGAAUGUUCAGAGCUGAAGAAAGAUAUUGAUGACCUUGAGCUAACACUGGCCAAGGUGGAGAAGGAAAAACACGCCACUGAAAACAAGGUGAAAAACCUCACAGAGGAGAUGGCAGCCCUGGACGAGACCAUUGUCAAGCUGACAAAAGAGAAGAAAGCCCUCCAAGAGGCCCAUCAGCAGACCCUGGAUGACCUGCAGGCAGAGGAGGACAAAGUCAAUACACUGACCAAAGCCAAGACCAAGCUGGAGCAGCAAGUGGACGAUCUGGAAGGGUCCCUGGAGCAAGAGAAGAAACUGCGCAUGGACCUGGAGAGAGCCAAGAGGAAACUGGAAGGAGACCUGAAGCUGGCCCAGGACAGCAUCAUGGAUCUGGAGAAUGAUAAGCAGCAGCUGGAUGAGAAACUGAAGAAGAAAGACUUUGAAAUCAGCCAGAUCCAGAGCAAAACCGAGGAUGAACAAGCCCUGGGCAUGCAACUACAGAAGAAGAUCAAGGAGCUGCAGGCCCGUAUUGAGGAACUGGAGGAGGAAAUCGAGGCCGAGCGAACCUCUCGCGCUAAAGCAGAGAAGCAUCGGGCUGACCUGUCCAGGGAGCUGGAGGAGAUCAGCGAGCGCCUGGAAGAAGCAGGAGGGGCGACGGCAGCUCAGGUGGAGAUGAACAAGAAGCGGGAGGCAGAAUUCCAGAAGAUGCGCCGGGACCUCGAAGAGGCCACGCUGCAGCACGAAGCCACGGCUGCCGCCCUGCGCAAGAAGCACGCGGACAGCACAGCUGAGCUGGGGGAGCAGAUCGACAACCUGCAGCGCGUCAAGCAGAAGCUGGAGAAGGAGAAGAGUGAGCUCAAGAUGGAGAUUGAUGACUUGGCCAGUAACAUGGAGUCUGUCUCCAAAGCCAAGGCAAAUCUGGAGAAGAUGUGCCGCACCCUGGAAGACCAGCUGAGUGAGAUUAAGACAAAGGAAGAAGAGCAUCAGCGCAAGAUCAAUGACCUCAAUGCUCAAAGAGCUCGUCUGCAGACAGAAGCAGGUGAAUAUUCACGCCAGGUGGAAGAAAAAGAUGGUUUGAUAUCUCAGCUAUCCAGAGGCAAACAGGCAUUCACUCAACAGAUUGAGGAACUAAAGAGACAUUUAGAGGAAGAAAUAAAGGCCAAGAACGCCCUGGCCCACGCCCUGCAGUCCGCUCGCCACGACUGUGACUUGCUCCGGGAACAAUAUGAGGAGGAGCAGGAAGCCAAGGGGGAGCUGCAGCGCGCCCUGUCCAAGGCCAACAGCGAAGUGGCCCAGUGGAGAACCAAAUACGAGACGGACGCGAUUCAGCGCACGGAGGAGCUCGAGGAGGCCAAGAAGAAGCUGGCACAGCGCCUGCAGGAUGCAGAGGAACACGUCGAAGCUGUCAAUGCCAAGUGUGCCUCCCUGGAAAAGACAAAGCAGAGGCUGCAGAAUGAAGUGGAGGACCUGAUGAUUGAUGUGGAGCGAUCCAAUGCUGCCUGUGCUGCUCUGGACAAAAAGCAGAAGAACUUUGACAAGAUCCUGGCAGAAUGGAAGCAGAAGUAUGAGGAAACGCAGGCUGAGCUGGAGGCCUCCCAGAAGGAGUCUCGCUCCCUCAGCACAGAGCUGUUUAAGAUGAAGAAUGCCUAUGAGGAGUCCUUGGACCACCUGGAAACAAUGAAGCGGGAGAACAAGAACUUGCAGCAGGAGAUUUCCGACCUCACGGAGCAGAUUGCAGAGGGAGGAAAGGCAAUUCAUGAGCUGGAGAAAGUCAAGAAGCAAAUUGAGCAGGAGAAAUCUGAAAUACAGGCUGCUCUGGAGGAAGCUGAGGCCUCUCUGGAACAUGAAGAGGGGAAGAUCCUGCGCCUGCAGCUGGAGCUCAACCAGGUGAAGUCUGAGAUUGACAGGAAGAUAGCAGAGAAAGAUGAGGAGAUUGACCAGCUGAAGAGGAACCACCUCAGAAUUGUGGAGUCCUUGCAGAGCAGCCUGGACGCUGAGAUCAGGAGCAGGAAUGAAGCCCUGAGAUUGAAGAAGAAGAUGGAGGGAGACCUGAAUGAAAUGGAGAUCCAGCUCAGCCAUGCCAACCGCCAGGCUGCUGAGGCACAAAAGAACCUGAGAAACACACAGGCUGUGCUCAAGGACACCCAGAUCCAUUUGGACGAUGCUCUCAGGACCCAGGAUGACCUGAAGGAGCAGGUGGCCAUGGUGGAGCGCAGAGCAAACCUGCUGCAGGCUGAAGUUGAGGAGCUACGGGCAGCCCUGGAGCAGACGGAGCGGUCGAGGAAAGUGGCUGAGCAGGAACUGAUGGAUGCAAGUGAGAGAGUUCAGCUCCUCCACACUCAGAACACCAGCUUGAUCAACACCAAGAAGAAGCUGGAGACAGACAUUUCUCAGAUUCAGAGCGAAAUGGAGGAUACGAUCCAGGAAGCCCGUAAUGCUGAAGAGAAGGCCAAGAAGGCCAUCACAGAUGCGGCCAUGAUGGCAGAAGAGCUGAAGAAGGAGCAGGACACCAGUGCCCACCUGGAGAGGAUGAAGAAGAACCUGGACCAGACGGUGAAGGACCUGCAGCACCGUCUGGAUGAGGCCGAGCAGUUGGCCCUGAAGGGAGGCAAGAAGCAAAUCCAGAAGCUGGAGGCCAGGGUGCGGGAGCUGGAAGGGGAGGUUGAUGCUGAGCAGAAGCGCAGCGCUGAAGCCGUGAAGGGCGUGCGCAAGUACGAGAGGAGGGUGAAGGAACUCACCUACCAGUCUGAGGAAGACCGGAAGAAUAUUCUCAGGCUGCAGGAUCUGGUGGACAAGCUGCAAAUGAAGGUGAAAUCCUACAAGAGACAAUCUGAGGAGGCUGAGGAGCUCUCCAAUGUCAACCUCUCCAAGUUCCGCAAGAUCCAGCACGAGCUGGAGGAAGCCGAGGAACGGGCUGACAUUGCAGAGUCACAGGUCAACAAGCUCCGAGCCAAGAGUCGGGAGUUUCAUAGGAAGAUAGAAGAGGAAGAGUGAGAUUGUCAUGAGGUACAAAGUGACCUGCGGGCUGCACAAAAUGUGAACCCUCUGUCACUUCCUUCUGCAAUUUACCCACCUCAGUGUCUAGUGAAUAAAGAGUAGAUUCCUCUGCAAACACA